AAAUUAUAAAUAAAUAGAGCGGGAAAAUUUAAAUGUCGGAGACUUAUGAGAAAAUUAAUGACAACAUUGACAGGUUGGAUACCGGUGAAAUUUUAUAAUAAUUUUUAAUUGGUUUUGAUAUAAAUAAUAAAAUAAUAAUGUUUUGGAAAAGUGGAAUUUUGAAAAAUUACUGCAGGUUUUAUAAACCAUGGAAAGUAAUUGAAAAAAAAUUAAUUCAUAAUGACAGAUUUAUUUAUGGAAAUGAGGUUAUUGUUGGUAAAAAAAAUAAUUUGCCAAUUGUUGCAUUAGAAUCAACAAUAAUAACUCAUGGGAUGCCUUAUCCAGAUAAUUUUAUAACUGCAAUAAAUAUUGAAGCCAUUAUAAAAAAACAGAAUGUAGUACCGGCAACGAUUGGAAUAAUUGAUGGUAAAAUCCACGUGGGAAUGAAUGAAGAGCAGAUCCAUAAACUAGCAAAGUCAAGUGCCGUAAAAUGUUCAGCGAGGGAUAUUUGUUCGAUAGUCGCUGGUGGAUUUAAUGGUGGAACGACAGUAGGAGCUACUGUUACACUGGCCAACUUGGCAGGAAUAGCUGUGAUGGCAACUGGUGGUAUCGGAGGUGUUCAUAGGAACGCUGAAAGUACUUUCGAUAUCAGCUCUGACCUGAUUGUUCUCAGCCAAACUCCUGUUUCAGUUGUCUGUGCUGGUGUCAAAGCUAUUUUAGACAUUCCUAAGACUUUAGAAUUCUUGGAAACACAUGGAGUGCCAGUGAUAUCAAUAGGGACUACAAUGUUCCCGGCAUUUUACAGCAGAACAACUGUCGACAAUAUUAAAUCACCAGUGACAGUACCAGGUGCUCGUGAAGCCGCGCAAUGUAUAAAUGUCCAGCGAAAUAUGAAACUUAACUCAGGUUCAAUAUUCGCUGUUCCGAUUCCUGAAAAUGCAGCUUUCGAUCCUACGGAAAUUGAAAAGUUUAUUGAAAUAGCGCUUAAAGAGGCGGAACUUAAUAAAAUAACUGGAAAAAAUGUGACUCCAUAUCUUCUUCAGAGAGUCACUAAACUCACCGCCGGAAGAUCAUUGCUAUCAAAUAAAAUACUUAUCGAAAACAAUGCAAAAGUCGCCGCAGACAUCGCUACUGAACUUUCAAAUUUAUCCUCGUCUCAAUCUAGUCCCACUACUGGUUCAUCAGCACCAUCAGCAGCUGUCAAUCAAAAGGAUCAAGUGGUUGUUGUCGGAGGGGCUGUUUUAGAUACUAUUUUACAAGUGGAAGAGCCGGUUAUCAAAUUUGACGGACGGACAAACAGAGGCAAGAGUCGGAAAAGCUACGGAGGAGUUGGCAGAAAUAUUGCGGCAAGUCUUACUGCGCUUGGAGUCGAAAAUACGAAAUUUAUUACUGUCGUUGGUGACGAUGAACCGGGGCUUGAAAUUUUUGGGAAAUUUGAUAGAGGGGGUAAUAUUAAAAAAAUGGGCGGAAAUAUUACUGCAAGAUACACUGGAGUGAUAGACGUGAACGGCGAAUGUCGUUUUGGAUUUGGCGAAAUGGAUAUUUUAAACUCAAUCGACCCGAGCUUAGUGCGAGAUAAUCGAUCGGCAUUUGAACAAGCGAAACUUAUAAUUCUGGACGGUAACCCAUCAUUGGAAACGAUCAACGAGGUCAUCGACAUUGCAGUUAAUUGCCUGGUACCAGUUUGGUACGAGCCAACGGAUGUCAAAAAAGCUUGCAAAAUAUUUGAAAAUGACAAAUGGAAAAGCGUUUUGCGAUUUGUAUCGCCGAAUGUCAAAGAAUUAUUUAUUAUGUCUGAAUAUUUUUCGAUAACUAAAUCAUCAAUGAAAUCUUUCAAUGAAGACGACAUCGAUAUCAAUGAAAUAAAAGAACUGACUGAAAAAUUAGCAGAAUAUAUUCCUGUUGUAUUCACAACAAUGGGCUCUAAGGGAUUAUUGGUUGCAAGAAAGGCAGAGCAGAAUGGAUUGCACGAUUUCCUUGAUCUCCAAAGAAGUAUUUCAAGUCAGUGUGAAGUAAAAAGUAAAUUUUAUCCAGCUUUGAUGAAUCUUGACAAGCGAGAGUUGACGCAAAAGAAAUUUAGCGUAAGUGGAUGUGGAGACUGUUUAGCUGCUGGAAUAAUAACUGGAAUGCUGGAGCAAAUGGAUGAAGAAUCCUGUGUCUCACUCGGUCUCCAAGCAGCUGCGGCUUCUCUUCAAUCUUUAGAAUCAGUUCCUGCUGAAGCGCUCAAUCAGCUUGUCCAGAAAAAAUGAGGUAUUUAAGUAAAUAAUUUAUAAGAUAAACCCAUAAUAUAUUUUUUUAAAAUAUCAAUUUUUUCUUAAACAUUUUUUAUGUGUCAUUUUUUUUAAUACUACGUAAUAAUUAAAUAAAAAUAUGAUGUGUUCAUGUAAACUAUACAUAUAAAUAAUAC